CACAUUUAAUUCCAGCCGCCAUGGACAAGAAUUGUAGCGGUUGUAGGCAUGGCCGACAACUCAUGGCGCGAACACAGCAGCUUCCAGAACAUCGCUGAAGGUGGCGGAAAGGGGGAGCCGAAGGGACGCGCCGGCAGUGGCCCUCAAUUCAACCGUGUUAUUCCCAAGUUCCUCCAGAAGUAUCACACUCCAGAAUCACUGGACCACGAAGCCAACUUGGCCUUGAAGCGACCGACGGAACGUGGGGCCGAGGACGACGAUGACGAUGAUGAGCUGGACGACGUUCAGAAGGAGGCGUUGGAAGCAUACAAAGUCGAGCAAGACAAAGAUAUUAAACAGGUUGAAGUCGAGAAGGAUGCCGUGGACGCCGCCGUGGAGCCCGAGCAAAGCCGACCCGAGAAGCGAAAGGCCAUGACGUUUUCAUCGGCAUCCAAAAAAGCAGCAUCCACGACGAAAGAUGCACAUGCGGACCAUCCCGCCAAGAAGAGGAAAGCUGUGAACAACAAGAAGCUCUUGUCCUUCUCCAUGGACGACGACUAACCAUUUUCACAUCAAAAAGCACAAAGUGUCCUCUACUUGUGCAGUAUAAAAAUGUCAGUUCAUGCGGCGAUGGCUAAAUUUCGAGGCUUUUUGCGGAAAUCUUUUCAAAUUAUUUCGCAAUUCUCA